UAAAAUUAUUGAUAAAUUGAUUAUUUGUUUACGUUCUCGUUGAUAGAAAAUGAUUGCUAACUGAUAGCAGCUGAAAACGAAGAUGUUAAGAAAUGUCUGGAGUCUGCAACUUAUGUCUCUGCUUAUCGUCUCUAAAAUAAAGUGUUCUUCCAAUUUUUAAAUGAAGCUAAUGCAGAAUUUAUUUUCAAAAUGUUUUCAAAGCUCUGUGCACAUAUAUUGUUCAAGUUUCGUAGGACAGAGGUUUUUUUCAAGGAAUUCAAAUCUUUCAAAUGGACUACUAAAUAACUCAACUAUAAUUAUUAAAAAUGAAUAUUUUAGGACUGAAAAAGUCACUUUUGAAUGUUUGUCAAAGUUUUUUCCCUUUCCAGAACAUGAUGAGAAAGUGAUGAAAAUAAUAAACGAAAUAAAUAACGCCAUAGAAAGAAAAAGACGUUGUCCAGAAUUUUUAAAUCCUACCGAGUUUCACGAGUUAUAUGUUUUAGAAACUAAGUCUCAGCGAUCGAAAUAUUUAAGUUAUUUAUUUAAACAAGAAAAACUUAAAGAGAAAGAUAAGUUAAUUAAAGAAGAGAAGAAAGAAACAUCAAGAAAGUUAAAAAACGAGACUAGUUUUAAUUGCGAUUUUUCAAAAUAUGGGCUUGGUUGUAAAACAUUAUUAAUUAACAUUCGUAAGAAGUCCAUAAACAAGUUUCAUAAUCAGCGAUUAGCUAACUCUGUAUUAUUUGGAAAUAGAAUUGUGAUCGAUUUAGAUUACGAUGACUACAUGAUUGAAAAGGAAAGAAGGUCUUGUGCUGCUCAAUUAAGACACAUAAUUGUUGCUAAUAAAAAUAAUCACAAUCCAUUUGAUUUGUACUUCUGUAAUGCUAACCCUACUUUUAAAUGUGUUCAGUAUCUUAAACAUGAUGUUCCCAACAUCGAAGAUUCGCUUAACACAUUCUAUGACGAAAGUUAUUUAGAUAUUUUUCCAAGUGAACAGUUGGUGUAUCUUUCACCUCAUGCCAAUGAAUCAUUAAAAAGUUUUGAUCCAAGUGCUAUUUAUAUCAUAGGUGGAUUUGUAGAUGUUGUGAAGAAAGAAAAGAUAUCUACAGAAAAGGCAUUUACUGAAGGAAUCAAAAGCUAUUCAUUACCUUUAGAUGAUCAUAUCAAGUGGAAAUCAGGUUCUAAAAGUCUUACUAUCAAUCAAGUUUUUGAAAUUAUGCUGAUUUUGAAAAACACUGGUGACUGGAAAAAGGCAUUUGAAUGCAUCCCAAUUCGAAAAACUAAUGAUACAAAGUCUUCAGAAGAAAACCAACAUUCAAAAAAUGCUUUGAAUGUUGAAGAGCAAGUUUUGCAGACUAAUUGAUAUUGUAACCAUUAACGUGUGUAUGAACUCUGCAGGCGCAACAGGAAGUGAAAUUUAAGUACCUAAAAACUUUAUUGAAUCGUAGAAAAAUAGAUUUCGGUUCCCUUUUUAAGUUUUCCUGGUCAUAAACCAUUCAAAUUAUUGGUAUAUGUGUUAUGUCUAAUAGCUAUUUGUUGAAAGAAAAACAAAAUGUUCACUUUAUACAAUAAAAUAUAUUUUUUUUAAAUAUAUAAGGCGAUGUUGUUUAGUCUUAGUUUGUUUGGAAAAUAUAAUUGAUAAAAAGUAAGAUUCUCAAGAGCCCCUGGCAUAAAGACUGUAUUAAUUGCACUAUUACCUUGACUAUUAUCAAUUAAUAAAACCCUAGUUGACAAAGAAUAUUUCUAAGUUUAAUUUCAUUUCAUUCACUAUAAAUAAAAUUUAUUGGAUUUUAUUUAGAAUGUUUUUACUUUACUAUAUUCAAUUCAAAAUAAUAGCCGGUGACUUGACACAGUUUCUGUGUCAAUUGCAUAUUGAAUACCUCCAUUAUGCAAAUAAACUGUAUUGAAACCAAA